AUGAGUGUAAAACGUAAAAUUGACAUUGAGAACAGGAGUUAUAAAGAAAGUUGGGAAAGUGAUUACUUGAUUGCUAACAAUAAUGGAAAGUUGCAGUGUUUAGUGUGCAUGAAUAUUGUUUCUGUGCCUAAAGAAUAUAAUGUGAGAAGACACUACACAACAAUGCAAGAAAAGAAGUAUGCUACGUAUACAAAUGAAAGUCGGCGUGCGUUAGUUGCAGAUUUGAAGAAAAAGCUUAAACAGCAAACUGGUAUGUUUAGUAAAAUAUUGCGAUCUCAAACGCAUUCUUUGCAUGCAUCUUAUGCCGUGUCGCUUGAGCUGGCAAAGGCAAAAAAACCUUUCACUGAUGCCAAUUUAAUUAAAAAAUGUGCCGUUGAAAUGGCCAAAGCUUUUGAAGAUUCCAAAAUGGCGGAGAAAUUUGAAUCAGUGCAACUUUCACAUCAAACCAUACAAAGAAGGGUUGUUGCUAUGGGUGAGCAAGUAGAAAACUCUAUGCUUAGCCUGGUUAAAAAAAGUUCGUAUUUCUCACUUUGUCUGGAUGAAAGCACUGAUCAAUCAGAUGUUAGUCAGCUGUUGAUAUUCGUGCGCACUACUUUUGAAGAUUUUACUAGUAAAGAGGAGCUAUUUGAUAUUUGUCCUCUUUAUGGAACAACAAAAGGAAAAGACGUCUAUGAGGCUCUGAAGAAAACAGUUGACAGAAUUGGAGGCUUUAAUAAAUGUUCAGCCAUAGCAACAGACGGGGCCCCAUCAAUGACUGGUAAAAAAACUGGAUUAGUGGGUCUGCUUCGAGAGAAUGGUGUUACUUGUCCGACAAUACAUUGUAUUAUACAUCAGGGAGCUUUAUGUGGAAAAUCAGUCAAGCAGGAUCAAGUUUUUCAGACCGUGAUUAAAAUUAUAAAUAUGAUUAGAGGUGGAAAUCGAUCCCUUUUACACAGGCAACUUAGGCAGUUUUUAGUGGACACAGAGGCUGAGUAUGGAGACUUGCUAAUGUACAACCAUGUAAGGUGGCUGAGUGCAGGAAAGUGCAUGGAACGAUUUUUUGCCAUAAGAAAGGAAAUCCCUCCAUUUCUUAAUAAAUACGUUUCAUCCGAUACAACUGAACUGGAAGAGAAGUUUCAGGAUCCAGAAUUCUUAAGACAGUUAGCUUUUAUAACAGAUCUGACUAAUCACCUUAACAGUUUAAACUUGAGUCUUCAAGGAAGAAACCAGACGGUUUCAGAUUUGGUCGGAAUAAUAAACGGAUUCCGGAAUAAGCUAAACGUGUUUAAACAUGCUUUGGAAAAGAACAACCUAACACACUUCCCUAGCUGCCUGAAACUAGCAGAAGAACCCAACAGUGAGAAAAAUAUUGACUUUUCAUGCUGCAGUUCACAAAUUCAACAAGUUAUUAAUGAAUUCAAUACACGAUUUAAAGAUAUUGAAAGUCUCAAAAACAGUGUACUGCUUUAUAAUAAUCCUCUUGGAGCAUCCAUUGAAGAUCAAUCACCUGACUUACAACUUGAGUUAUGUGACCUUCAAGCUGACAUGUUCCUAAUCACCAGACAAGAAAAGGGACCUGAAUUUUUUAAAUUGCUGUCUAAGGAGAAAUUCCCAAACCUGCGAGAUUUUGGACUGAAAAUGACAUCAAUGUUCGGAAGCACAUUUAUAUGUGAAAGUGCCUUUUCCUACAUGAAAUACAUUAAAAACCCCAACAGAAGCAACCUUACCGAUUCUUCCUUACGUCAUCUCAUGAGACUGUCUACAACUGAACUGGCAGUGGACAUUUCUUCAUUGGUGGAUGAAGCCGACCGACCACAGUCUUCACAUUAG